AUGUGGCGCCUCGCCGCCAUCCUGGGCUAUUUCCUCUGGCGCCCUGCGACGGGCGACUUCAUUUGCCCGGGGAAGGCAACGGUGGACGACGUGUGGCAUGAGGAAGACUUUACUGGCAAGCGAGUGCUAGUCACUGGCGGCGACAGUGGCUUGGGUUUCGCCAUCGCCCGCGCCUUCGCUGCACGCCACGCGCAGGUGGUCAUCGCGAAUCACAAUGCGACCGCCGGGCGCUUAGCAGCUCGGAACUUGACCCGACUCACCGGGGUCCAGGUGGACUCGUUGCCAUUGAAUCUGGGGUCACUGCAGGCGGUGCGAGAGAUGGUCGAGCUGUUCUACCAGAAGUAUGGGAAGACCCUGCACUACCUGAUCAAUGACGCGGGCAUCGUAGGGCCAAGCGAGUGGACGGCCGAUGGCUUCGAACUGGUCUUUCAGGUGGACUUUUUGGGCCACUUCCUCUUGACCGAGCUCCUUUUGCCUGCGCUUCGGGCCGGCGCGCCGGCGCGCGUGGUCAUGGUCUCCAGUGGGGCACACGCAUCGGCUUGCGUGACGGCCGGUUGGCCGGAGGAUUGCUUCAAGGACUUCACCUACCUUCCACCACCGGUGGUGCCCCCGCACGAGAUCACGGUGAACACCAGCCAUGGACCAGCGAAGAGGAAUUCCUCGACCUAUGGGGUGGCCAAGUUUCUGAAUGCACAGCACGCGGCGGCCCUGGCGCGACGUGAGGCAGCGCAUGGCAUUGAGACCUGUUCGCUGUCACCGGGCUUUGUGCUGACGCCCAUGACCGAGCGCUUCAUUAACAGCUCAGGGCCCACUGGUGCCAAAGAGAUUUGCAGAGAACAGAUCCAUCCAGGUCCAGGACUUCCAGCGAAUCCGUGUCCCUUCACGCCGGAGGAAGGUGCCGCCGUCAUCGCUUAUUGCGCGACCGGGCGCAUUAGGAGUGGUGCCUACUACGCGCGGAGCUAUGCCUGUGAGGAGCAGCUGGUGAAAGAACAGGGCUUCACGGAGCAGAUGCAGGAAGCACUUUAUGAGAAAGCAUUGGCUUGGGUUGGGGCUGCAGAGGUCUCCAACGUGAUUCUUUGA